UGUGUAUUGGAAGUGUUUUGGGAUCAGUCAUUGAAUGACAUUUUCCUAUCCACCUUUUCACUAUCUCACCGGCGAUCAAAACGUAGUGACUGAUAGAUGUCAAGUCUAGAAACUGUCAAAGCACUGACCUGACCACACUGACACUAGACAGUGUACUUUCUACCAAAGACAGAGUACUGGUCUAAUUUAACACUACCCUUGGCCCCGCCCAAAUUCUGAAAUGGGCUGUGGAUCGUCCUCGGCAGCUGUUUCCCCGCAGCCUGAACGGCCAAAUUCAGUCAAGAAAAACCAGCAGACACUGCCCAAGGAAGAGUUAGUAGUCACCACAGAUGAUGUGACUCCUCGAAGAAAGAAGAAAAGUGUGCUCAAGGAAAAGGCGAAGGCUCAUCAGUCACCGUUAGAUGAAAAUUUUAACAAACCACCUCUACCUGCCACAGUGCCAAAACCAGUUGCAUUUGAUGUGAAUUUCGGAGAUCAAGGAAGCGCAUCAAGAAGACCAUCAUUACCGAGAAGAUUAUCUAGUAGAUUAUCAUUAGCCCCCCUUGAAAGUGCUCCAAAGUUAAGUUACGAAAUGCUUUUAGAAAAACAGAGAUUAGCAGAGGAUAAGAGAGAAAAGGCACUAGAGAAAAAUAAAAAGCUUUCAAGGAGAUCUUCAAAACGACGUCUAGAAAUAAUGCAGGCGAAGGAAUUUGAGAAAGAACAGCAAGAUUCUGAGGUGAAAGACAAAGUUAAAACUGCCGAGGAGAAGAGGCAGGCGAAACUUGAUGAGGUGCGAGAGAAGCAAAAGAAGAGGGAAGAAAGAGCGAGAAGAGCGAGGGAAAAGGUUCGGAGAAUGAGUGAACAGCCAGCUGAGGAAGCCCUGACUGUUGACGUUGAAAAAGAUGACAACUUUAACAAGGAUGACGAUGACAACAUGGAGAGUGGGUCAAUAGUUGAUUCCUGGCUCAACGAUGAUGGCGAUGCAUUCUGCGAGGACCCAGAGGAACGAUUACGCAAGAAAAAUACGGCAGCUCGAGACGAUAGCGGGAACUACAGCACUCGGGCAGUUAGUGCCAGCACUACUGAUAGUUUCGAUUAUGCUUUCCAACGACAGAAUGUGAAGCCACCUCUUCAGAAUGGGAUCAUACGGGUGCAAGGUGUUGCCAAUGGGGCAGCCGAUGACUUUUUUGACUCAUGAUCGAUGUUCACAGAUAACCCAUUUUCCAUAUAAUGUGAUAAAGUGCUACAUUUCUCUGCUAGUUUACAAAUGUCCUGCUUGAAUCUGAAAUACACAUGCAAUUUAGUAGUUGCACAAUAACCGAUGCAAUAUAACUUGGCAUGUGUAAUAUUUUCAUAUUCUGGUGCAGAUUGAAAUUAUUGAAAUUUUUUCGGUUAAUAAUUAAAAACUUUGAAAAUUCUGUCAAUGCUAAAUUGAUGUGCUCGGGUCUUCUAUGAGUGUUCUCUUGGUUAUGAUCUGAAGCAUCUUUGUUAUGAUGAAGUUUUGUAUCUGUGUUUUGAAUAUUAUAAGUGAUUGUUAUGCCGACUCAUGACUGUGAUGGCUUUGUUAAUUAAAUUAUGUAGAUUUUGACACCUAUGUUUCGAUGAGUUUUUGUAGUGUGAUUUUUAGCUUACAUGGUUGAGCUUAUGUCGUUAGUCUUGUCCGUUGUCUGUCCGUCCAUCUAAAAGUCAAUUCAACCUCCAUGUCAUUUCAUCUGCAACUAAAAGAUUCCCAGGUGAGCACAAUGUCUCUAGGACAUUUCACUUUAUAUUAGAUUUAGGAAGCGUCUUUGGGGUAACAUUGUGUUUAUGUUCAUCUUGGACAUCAGUCGGUGCCUAUACUGAUGAUGCCGGCAAAGUUUGCCACCUGUGGAUUAUAUCAUAGCUGAUGUUAUUACUCUUUAUCAUCGGUACAUGCUCUGUUCAGCGACGUAAUUUGACAUCCAGUUUUCAGUGAUGAUCAUGUCCUCACCACAGCCUCUGUUGGUUUGAUGUUAGAUUACUGCCAUAUAGAGGCUUAUUUGAAGGAUAAACGGUCUGUGAAAAAUUUGACCUCCUGCAUUCAUAUAUCUUGCACACCUGAGAAUGUACCGGUACGCACUAAACAUUCUAAAGGUUUUACCCAAAUUUCACCAGUACAAUGUAUAAUGAACAUUUUGUAAUCAAGUAAGUGUUGUGCCAUUGUUUUAAAGCUGGGUAUUUAGUCUUCCAGUUUCAUAAGUAUUAUUACCAACCUAUUAGGGCAACGAUGCUCUUUGCAUGUGCGUGUACUCCAGAUUUUAAGAAAAG